AUGGAAGUCAAUGGUGAACCAGAUAUAGCUGGUAUUUUAAGCGCGGCUUUAAUGCCAUUGAAAGAUAUGAAACAUGCAGAUAUUUUGGACCAGUAUGAAAUGAACAUGGCUGAUGGAAAUAUAACACCUGACGUUCUAGAACAUUUAUCUCAAAGAACUACACAGAACCAUAGAGAUGGUAUAUUUGGUGAAGAGUUUAGAAAGAAAGUUAGGGAGGGAGAAGGAAGAGAACCUAUUGUACAUGACCUUGCAAACGAAAGUUUACAAAAUGUCAUAAAAACUUACUUUGCAGGCGAUGAAUCGAGAAGGGAUGAAUAUUUAAGAAAACUCAAAUGGACAGUACCAAAUGAAAUGUUAGUAUUGAAAAACAUGUUCCUUGACAAAAUAAAACCAACUACAGAAAUAAACGACGCAAGACUGAAAGAUUGGGUAAAAGCUUUCCCAUUCACAAAAGAUAUUAUUGGUAACAUGGAAAGAAAACCAGAAUGGCUACAAAAACAUAUAUUUGGAAACGAGCUUAUUCCAUAUGGACAAGCUCUGUUUGAAGAGCUUGAACCAGAAACUCAGGAAAGAGUCAUGCAAACAAUACGCAAAGACUCAAAUACAGACUAUGACAAACUCUUUCUAGGAUAUAGGUUACCUGAGAUGGGCGACCAGAGCCAAAAGGCAAAAAGGACAUGGGAAAUUUGCAACAUACUAGAUGAACAUAAUGCAAAGAUGCAACAACUUCAAGCAGAGGGCAAUGAAGGAAAAAGAAGAGUUAAAAACUCAGUCAGGAAGAAAGUAAAGCUUGGUCCACGUGGGUUCUAUUAUGAUAUAUAA